AUGGAAUCAUGGACCCCGCAGAGCAGCGCCAGCGUGGAGCCCAUGGGAUUCGACCGGCCAAAGAAGCUGGAAUCCAAGCCGGGCCCGGGCACCACGAAGAGAUCGAAAGUGCCUCGUGUCUCCACGGCCCCGCUUGCCGAAGACACUAAGAAUGUCGGCAUCUGCAACUGGGGCUACCAGCUGCGGUCGGCGCUGCAGGGCAGCGACUUCUACAACAGCUCCUUCGCGUGGAGAGUUCGACACCUCAUGCAAAGCCGAUGCUGCUCCACGACGAUGAUGUUGGCAUUGGCCGUGGCGCUGGUCCUUCCCGACCUCUCAAAGCUCAUGGACGUUGCAGAGAAUGUGCUGCCUGAUGCUGUUAUGACGACUAGCAUGGCGCUGUUUACCUUUGAGCUUGUGGCUCUGUCGUUGACAGAUGCGAACUAUUUGUUCAGCUUCUUCCAGUGCAUGGACAUGGUUGGAACAGCAUCCAUGGUGUUUGACAUCUCCUUUCUCCUGGGGGCGGAUGUCACGGAGCCCACCCUGCCAGACCAAGAGACUGCCCAGUCUCGCGUAAUGCUGCUGCGAGCCAGUCGCGCUGCACGGGUUGGAGCCCGUGCUGGCAGGUUGACCAGAAUACUCCGUUUGUGCCGCUGUUUGAUUGAUUUAGAUGAUGACGAUGUUAAUGGCAAGCGUAGCCGAAAGACUGACCCGGAGCAAUUGAGGGACGAGGCCAAUCCCAAGCGAAACAUUGCGAAGGUCAUCUCCGUAAGGUUGGGAAACCUGCUUGCUACCAGAGUUGCUUCCCUGACCAUCUUUCUGGCCAUGGUAAUGCCAUUGUUCGACGUGAUGGCGUUUCCGCAGAAGGACCUGUCUUUGGACGCUUGGGUUCAGGAGGUUUCUCAUACGAAUCAGCAUGAUGAGGCUGCAACCGUGGCUGAGCUACGCAAAAUGGCCAAGUUCUUCGCCCACCACAGUUAUGGACCCUUUGCAGCCUGCAGAGGGCACCUGGAGGGGCACCACCCAAACAACUUUGUCUGCAGCAAGUGGUACCAGGAUUGGGGCCAGGUGAAUUCAGCACCGGUCCGGAACGCCUCUUCCUGGAUGGUGCGAACAUCGACGUUCCAGGUAACCUUUGACAUGAGCAGGCCUGUGAAAGUAAAAGCUGCUGUGGCUCUGUUCAGCAUGUUCUUUACGGUCUGCAUCAUGCUUUGCUUUUCCAUUGCACUUUCAUCGGUGGUGACUGACCUGGCUGUAACGCCGCUUGAGCGGAUGCUCGGGACUGUGCGGGAGAUAGCUGCCACGGUGUUUCGAUUCAGCUCUAUAGUGAUCGGUCAAGAGGAGGAGGAGGACUCUCAAUCGGAGACCACGGAUAUUGACAAUGCUGGUGAGAUGAUCUUGCUGGAGAAGGUUGUUGAGAAGUUGUCCGCGAUCGCAGCAGUACACGCGAGCGUCGAGCAAGUGCUUGAUACUCAGGAUAUGGAUGAGGAAGACAUCGGUAUCCUGAGUAUGCUCCAUGGUGAGCGAACGAACAGAGCGAGUCAAAUGAGCCUUCCACUCGACAAGGAGAGGUCGCAGAGUCGCAUUCUAAGGAUAACGCCUGACCUGAGCCUGGAAGCCAAUGGAGUUGAUGAAGAAACAUACAACAGCCUGAGAUUCAAUGUGUUCGAUCUCACACCGUUCCACCUCAGCAAAAUCGCAUUUCGCACCAUGUUCUCGCACGCAUCCAGCUCUGCGAUUUUUUGUGGUGCUGAUGGAGAAGAAGCUCUGCUGCGCAGUUUUAUCGCCGCCGUGCAGAAGGGCUACCCCGAGAAUCCAUUCCACAACUUCGGGCAUGCCGUGGAUGUCCAAACCACCAUCGUCAAGAUGAUGAAACAAACAGAAGCAGAAGAUUUUCUCAGCCACCUCGAGCAGUGCUCUCUGGUUGUUGCAGGGCUGGGCCAUGACAUCGGACAUCCGGGCCUCAAUAACGGCUUUUUGUCCGAGGUGGGCCACGAGCUCGCCAUCAAGUACAACGACCGGUCGCCACUGGAAAACAUGCACUGCUCUGUGCUGUACCAACUCUUGGCCAAGCCAGAGACCGAACUCUUCGGCUCCCUCAGUGACGAUGACUACAAGGAGGUACGCCGUAUUUGUGUGGAGACGAUACUGCAUACCGACAUGGCAUGUCACCAGAACAUGGUGAAAGAUCUCAACCUUCUGUACCAGAUUCACGCCGAGGCCUUGCGGCAGUCGGCUUCACCGCAGAGCACGAGGGCUAGCACCAGACAAAGCAUUGCGAGACCUGGCAGGCGGCGGAGGAGCAUGUUGGAAGGGGCCACUGACCCAUCUCAGAUCUUCGCAGCGCCGGAGCACAAGAUGCUGGUGAUGGAGUCGCUCCUGCACUCGGCUGAUGUGUCAAACCCAGCACGAGAGUGGCCCGUGACGCAGAUGUGGGCAGAGAAGUGCCUGGAAGAGUUUUUCGCUCAAGGUGACCAGGAACGCAGCCGGGGCAUCCCGGUGCAGUUCCUGAACGACAGGCAGAAGCUGAAUCGCCCUCAUUCUCAGAUUGGUUUCAUAGAGUUCAUGAUCGCCCCUCUUGUUGCAGCGCAGAUAUGGCUGUGGCCGAAUCUGUUUGAGUACGGUUCCUGCCUGGCCAUGAACAUCGGGAUGUGGCAGGAGCUCUGGGAAGUUGAGACAGAUCCUUCAGAAGAUGAACUUGAGAAGGCCCGACCGGUACAACAUGUCGGGCGAGUGGGCAAACAUGCGGGCGGCGGGCAUGCGUGUGCACCUGUGUGGACGUGGGUGACUGUGUGUGCGUGUGCGUGCAUUCGUGAUAUUCGUGCAUGCGGGGCGUGGGUGUGUUUGUGUGUGUUUGUGUGUGUGUGUGUGCGCGUGUCAACUCCAGAUUGCCAAGGGCUAGGACGAGACUUUGGGAACACUACAGCAGGGGGAUGGGGGGGGGGGGGGGGGGUGGCCUGA